AUGCAUCAACUUCCCUCAAAUAUUACUUUGUCGAAUUCAACUUUCAACAACAUUACUUCGGGACUUAUCAGAAUUGAGGGAAGCAAACAGACUGAAGAUCUCAGCACCUUAUUUGCAAUGAGUAACUGUUCAUUCACAAAUAUCAAAUCUUCAGUAAAUACCUUUAUGGAAGUUCAACAAAAGACUGAAGUUGUGAUAGAAAGAAGCUCUUUCACAAACUUGACUUUGACAACUACAAUCUCUGGAGUCAUGAACAUUUUUGAUGGAGCCAAAGUAAGUGUUUUACACUCAACCUUAACCAAAAACUCUGCUAAAGUUGCGUCAAUAGCUAAAAUAGAAGCAAACGCAUUGAUGACAAUUGAUAACUGAAGUAUUUCUGAAAACUUUGCUAUCACAAACGGAGUGUUCGAAGUUUCAUCAUUUGGGAUGGCUGUUAUAAAGAACAGUAAAAUAUUUAAAAACUAUGCUAUCCAAUAUCCAAUUGGAACUGUAUUUCUUAGCACAGAAUCACCUAAUAUUACGAAUACUGAAAUAUAUAGCAAUAAGCUAAUAAGUAAAUCAAGUGUUAAAACUGAAACUUCGGACGAUUGUAUAAAUUUAUGAUUUUUGCAUCAAGAAAUGAAGGCCUACCUCAAUAGCACAAACUUAACAGAAAUAUCGGAGCAAGGGUAUCUCUUCCAAGUAUUACAAGGAAACUUGAACAUUCUUAACUCAACUCAUAUUCAUGAUGAGAAUUUGGUUCUGAAAUCUUUCUUAUCAACAGUCACUGUUGAGAACUCUCUAUUCUCUAAUCUGGAGUAUUCAAUAUCUCCACUUAAUAUUCUUGAUUCCACAUUCACUAUGGAGCACACAGAGAUUAGAGGAGCACAAGCAAGCUCAGUAGAAGAAAGCUUUAUUAUUGCAAAUUCUGCCAAGAUUAGUGAGAAUAAUGUCUCUUACAGUGAUUCCAAUUCUCAAAUAAUGACUUCUCUAAACUCUCAUCUUGAAAUGGAGCAAAUCAAGAUCCAAAAUGUUUCUGAGUGUCCUUACUUGCUCUCUGUGGUGCUUUGCGAUUGGUUUUAUCUAGCCAACAUCGAAGUCCAAUACUCAACUCCAUCAGAAGCAGUAAUGGUCUAUGUUCAUGACACGGCCCAUAUCACAUUUGAGAGCAUCAGUGUAUCAAAUAUGACCUCAACCUUUGCAUUUUUCAAAAAGUCUGAAAUCACUAAAAUCACAGGCUUGAAAAUGACAAGUCUCAAUCAAACUCUUACUUUUGUGAAUUCGAAUGUUAAGGAGCUAUCACAUUCUUUGUUUAAGGAUAACUUCUCAAAUAGUUCAGGAGGGGCCAUCUCUAUGACCAAUUCAAAGUUGGCAAUUGAGAGCACUAAUUUUACAAGGAACUCCGCAACUGAAGGAGGAGCCAUUAUUUUUGAAUGAACAAGUUUCGCAUCUUGAGAACUUAAUGUAACAAAAUCAAUAUUUGAAAAGAACUCUGCAACUGUCAAAGGAGGAGCAAUUUCAUAUAAUUACAAUCUCCCAAGUAUCACAAAAACUACUUUUAUAAAUAAUUCAGCUGUCUAUGGGCCUAAUUAUGCAAGCUACCCAGCUAGAAUUGGAGAAAGAAACAGUACAAUUAAUGAUCCUAUUGAGAUUGAUAAUGUUGCAUCAGGAAUUAUAAUAACUCAAACCCUUGAAUUAGCACUGAUCGAUUUAGACGACCAAGUUAUGGUCCUUGAUGAUGAAAACCAAAUCCUUAUUUUACCCUCUGACUCAUCAAACUCUUCAGUAAGUGGAACCAAUACUGCAAAAGUCAAGCGAGGAGUUGCUGUAUUUGAUAAUCUUGCAUUAGAAGUUAGGAAGGAACUAAGAAGCUCUAACUUCUCAGUCAGUUCUAAAUCUAUCAAUUCUGCUAAAGUAAAGCAAGUUUUGGGAAGUAGCUUCCAACAGAAAAAGCUUGAAGCCAACUUCAGAGAUUGCCAGCCAGGAGAAAGGAUUCUUGGCGAUAAAUGAGAAGUAUGAGCAGCUGGAACAUAUUCAUUAAGCUACAACUCAACAAACUGAGCAAAAUGAGACUUUGAUGCUGAAUGAUUAGGAGGGUCAGAAAUUUACUUGAGAUCAGGCUACUGGAGGAGGUUCCAUCACUCAACUAAAAUUGCUCAAUGAGUCAACAAAGAUGCCUGUGAAGGAAAAUACCAACCGGAUUCUAUCUCUCCUUCUGUCUGAGCAGAAGGAUAUACUGGCAAUCUGUGAGCUCAAUGACUAAUUACCAAAGAUGUAAAAUAUGAGAGGGUUAAUGACUAUGAAUGUAGAAAAUGACCAAAUACAAUCCUCAAUUCUUUCCAAGUGUUCGGGACUAUCUUGCUGGUCACAUGCUUCUAUAUAUUUAUGAUGGUAAUCAAUAUCAGGAAAACUAGCGAAAGUGAGUUGUCUGUAUUACUAAGGAUAUUGACUAACUAUCUACAACUAAUAACAGUAUCAACUUCAAUGUCUAAUGAGUAUCCAUCAAUUAUGAUAGCAAUUUCAAUCCCUGUGAAGUGGGCGGGUGGAUCAAGCGAUGCCUUCUUAUCAUUUGACUGUUUUAUCAAAGACACUGAGAUGAACUUUCUAUUUGAUUCUACUGCCAUCUUCAAACUGUUUCUCCUGAUGUUCCUUCCUCUGAUCCUGUUCAUCUUGUUGGGAGCCAUUUGGGUAAUACUGUAUUAUACUAAAAGAGAAUGGGUCAAAGACUUCACCAGGAAUAUUGUUAUAACAUUCAUCACCAUUGUUUUCCUACUGCACCCAAAAUUAACAGAAAGGAGCAUUAGUAUGCUUAGAUGAAUAGAGAUUGAUGAAGGAUACAGAGUUGCUGAAAUUGAUACAAACCUUGAAUGAUUUGGACCUAAACACUUGAAAUGGAGCUUGCUUGUAGCUCUCCCAAUCCUGGUUAUAUGGGUAAUAGCUUGACCUAUAAUAGCCAUGGUUUGCUUGUACCUUAGCCAUGCAAAGACUGGGCAUGAAAAGAUAAAAAGUUACUUAUUAAUACUUUACCAAGGAUUGAAACCAGAAGUAUUUUACUGGGAACUCGUAAAUACUCUUAGAAAAGUAGCAAUUUUGCUCACUCUUUUAUUCAACAGAACAGUAUCUAUAAGUCUAUCUUUAAUGAUACUUAUUGCAACUGCUCGAGUUCAAGUGUAUUUAAAACCAUACAGUAAUGGCGAAAAUUCUAAAAUAGAGUUCUUAGGUAUUAUGGCUGGAGUGUGAACCAUCACAGCUGCUCUGGUUUACUCACAAGAUAAGCAAAAUGAAGCACUAAAUGUGUUUGUACUUCUAUCAGUACUUAGUUUCAAUCUAAAGUUCAUUAUUGAGUGGGUUUUCUUACUAAUUUUAAUAAAUCAGGACAAAUCGAGUUACGUUAAAUCAAUAACAAAAAUUUUUGGGAAGAUUCUCUGCAAACAUAAAAAACUCUAUUCAAGUCUUGAUAGUCAAACGAAUCCAGAUAUUUCCAAGGAAGAGCUGAAAGAAGCCACUUCUCAAAGGGUUGUAAACAAUUCACUUAUAUCCAUCCCUGACUCUCCACAGGCACCUCCAAGGAGAAUUAUUAAAAAGAAGAAUCGCAGAAGGAGGAAGCUGAGAAGGAAGAAUUUCAAGAGGAAGUUCAAAAGAGGAAACUUCCCUGAAGAUCACAGCUCCAAAAUUCUUCAUAAAAAUAAUGAGUAA